GCCUCUGCUGAUUUGGUUGUUGGUUCCUGUAAUCCCUGGGCCUGGGCUGAGACUACUAGUGGAAGCCUUGUUCUUUUGCUGAUUUUUACCUCUUCCACCCCUGGCAGGUCUUGGACUUAGGGAGUUUAACAGAUGGCGGCACAAUGUGUGACGAAGGUGGAGCUGAGUGUCUCCUGUGACAAUCUUUUGGAUAAAGAUAUAGGCUCAAAGUCAGAUCCUCUGUGUGUAUUGUUAUUGAAUACCAAUGGACAGCAGUGGUAUGAGGUUGAACGUACAGAAAGGAUUAAAAAUUGUUUGAAUCCCUCAUUUACCAAAAAAUUUUUAAUUGAUUACUAUUUUGAAGUGGUUCAGAGGCUGAAGUUUGGGAUUUAUGAUAUUGAUAACAAAACUAUUGAUUUGAAUGAUGAUGAUUUCCUGGGAGAAUUUGAAGGUACUUUGGGACAAAUUGUUUCUAGCAAGAAGUUAACUCGACCAUUGGUCCUCAAAAAUGGAAAACCUGCAGGGAAAGGCAGCAUCACGAUUUCAGCUGAAGAAGUAAAGGAUAACAGAGUGGUCUUAUUUGAAAUUGAAGCAAGAAAACUGGAUAAUAAGGAUUUAUUUGGAAAAUCAGAUCCCUACCUGGAAUUUCACAAGCAGACAUCAGAUGGACAGUGGCUAAUGGUACACAGAACAGAGGUAAUUAAAAACAACUUGAAUCCUGUUUGGAGACCUUUUAAAAUUUCUCUGAACUCUCUGUGCUAUGGAGAUAUGGACAAAACCAUUAAGGUAGAAUGUUAUGAUUAUGAUAGUGAUGGGUCACAUGAUCUCAUUGGAACUUUUCAAACCACUAUGACAAAACUAAAAGAAGCCUCCCGAAAUUCUCCUGUUGAAUUUGAAUGCAUAAAUGAAAAGAAGAGGCAGAAGAAGAAAAGCUACAAAAAUUCCGGUAUUGUCAGUGUGAAACAUUGUGAGAUUACAGUGGAAUGCACAUUCCUUGACUACAUCAUGGGAGGAUGUCAGCUGAAUUUUACCGUGGGAGUAGACUUCACUGGCUCAAAUGGUGAUCCUCGAUCUCCUGAUUCUCUUCAUUAUAUCAGCCCCAAUGGAGUUAAUGAAUAUUUGACUGCUAUCUGGUCUGUUGGGAUGGUCAUUCAGGAUUAUGAUACCGAUAAGAUGUUUCCAGCCUUUGGAUUUGGGGCCCAGAUACCUCCCCAGUGGCAGGUAUCACAUGAAUUUCCCCUAAACUUUAACUCAUCAAAUCCCUUCUGUAAUGGAAUCCAAGGCAUCAUAGAAGCAUAUCGGACCUGCCUUCCUCAGAUAAGACUUUAUGGGCCAACUAACUUUUCUCCAAUAAUAAAUCACGUGGCCAGGUUUGCUGCUGCAGCCACACAGCAACAGACAGCAUCACAAUAUUUCGUGCUCCUGAUCAUCACUGAUGGUGUGAUCACAGACCUUGAUCAAACCAGGCAAGCCAUAGUGAAUGCUGCCAAACUCCCCAUGUCCAUCAUCAUUGUUGGUGUUGGAGGUGCAGACUUCAGUGCAAUGGAGUUUCUUGAUGGUGAUGGCGGAGCACUCAGGUCCCCAACUGGCGAGACUGCUAUCAGAGACAUUGUUCAGUUUGUUCCUUUCAGACAAUUCCAGAAUGCUCCAAAGGAAGCCCUUUCUCAGUGUGUCCUGGCAGAGGUUCCUCAACAAGUGGUGGGUUACUUUAACACGUAUAAACUCCUCCCUCCAAAGAAUCCUGCUACAAAGUAAUGGAAACAGCCCAGGAGAAUUCCUUUGUGCUAGGUGGAGCCAUGGGUGCGUUACCUCUCCCCAAGAUGCAUUCACCAGUGUUGUUUCUUGUGGCCCUUUAUGGUCUCUCUCUGUGUGAUAUGAUUCUUUUAUUUUUUUUUUUUUUUGACGUGGAGCCGUAUCUGUUUAAUGCAUUUCUUUUGGAAUAUCGUUUUUAUAUAUGCUUGUGGAUUUUUUUUUUAAAUAUGAAAAGUGAAUCUCUGUGUAAUCAUUUCAGUGACUAGUAAUUGGGAGCAAUUGACUGAAGCCUGUUUGGGUUAGAAAGUGGCAGUGAGUUGACUUUGCUUGUGUCGAAGUCAUAUUUGAAUGAUAAGUCAUUUUGCCGGAACAAAUGUUACCUAUGAACUGCUAAGUUUUGCUAUUGCCCCGUUAGCAUAUAUUCCACAUGCAAACUCCCAUGCUUGAUCAAGAUAAAGCUGUUUAGCUGAGAUGAUUUGGGGGUACUUUAACUGGUCCUUCUCAUACCUCAUUAUUGUCCAUAGAGUGUCAACUUUUUUCAUUUGCCUCUACGUAGUGCUGCAGUCUAUAAGCCACAUCAAUAGGUAAAUUAAUUCUUUUGCCUUGAGGGGAAGGAACAGACUUAGUUUCUUAGUAAGCAAUCACUGAAUAGAUACCUGUUAUAGACAAACAAUUCUCUGUUGCCUUUUUUUUUGACCUUUUAAAAAUAAUUUUUUCAUCAUAGAAGAUUCUGAAGAUGAUCAGGUUGAAGGUGGGUCUUGUUCUUAAACUGCUUCAGGCAAAAUGGAAGGUUCUUUAGAAAUUAAAGACAUAGCUUUUGUUCUUUGCUGUGGUUCCAGAUCUGCUCAGUUGGUAAGGAGUUCAGCUCAUGUUAGCCCGUGUUUUGUGAGCCUGUUUGAGGCUCACAUGUUUAAGGCUGAUAAAUCAGUUGGUGUGAUGAGAAGAAGACUUGUUGACCAUGAUGCACUGAGGAACAGCUUAGUGCCCCCACUGUCCUGGAAGCCAGAUAACCUUUGCUUCUUCCUGUAGCUAACUUCUUUACAAUUUCUUACUCACCACAUGUUAAUCAGUGCUGGGGAAAUCACCUUUACCUCAUUAUGCAACAUUUAUUAAAAGAGAUUUUUUUUUCUUGAGAGAUAAUAAUGGUUUCUUUCCAAUUAAUCUAUCAUUUUAUAAGAAUAUUAUUUUUUAGUCACAGGAUGUGCCCUACAUUCAAGCAUAAAAUCUUUUGGAAUUAAAAAAAUGUUUUUGAGUCAUCAAUCCCAUUUGAGAAGUCUCUUCUCAGUCUCUUUGAGAAGGCAUACAUAUAUGCCUGUGGAGGCUUUGUGGUAAUGGACAGAAAACUAACCUCGGUACUGAAGAUACCUGGGUUUGAGCUUCACUUCAGAAACAUACCUGAUGGGUGACAAAUUGCUUCAGCUUUCAGUAAUCUAGGUAACUCUCAGACUAUAUGUUUCAGAGAAGGAAUUAAUCUGCACUGGUGAAGGUAGUUUCCUCUAACAACCAAAUCACAGUUCCAGUCUCUAUGUUGUUUUCACUCAAAGUAGAGUCCUCUCCAUUCUGAAGGCUGUUUUGCCAGAAUACACUGAGAUAAAAAGCAUAUUUCUUCUUCACGAAUUGCUUUGAAAAAAAACGUCAAAACUCUGGACAUAUCUAAUACCAUCAACAUAUGUAUAUAUAAAACAGCAUUAAAUCCAGUAACAUAUAUAUAUUUAUAAGCCCAUUAGCAUGCACUUAAUACAUAUUAAAACACUGAAAACCAGUACAUAUUUCACAUGAAAAUAAAGUAAGUGUGUGUGUGUGUAUGUGUGUUUUUAGUGUUGAUCCCAAUAUUUUACAUGUAUAAAUAAGGAUAUAUAUCCUUUAGUCUAGCUUUUUAGUCUUGCUGAAAAAUCUCCAGCACCUGGGUCUAGUUUUAUACACCUUCAUCACAAUGUGGAAGAGAGGACCAGGGCUUAGCAGACUCUGGCUUCUUUAAAGUGACUGGACAAUUCAAGCUGAGGUGGAUCUCACUUGCUGCCAUGUUGUGAUUGCCUGAGUAGACUAGCUGACUGGCCUUGUAGAACUCCCUAUAGGUCUUUGGGAUUGGGCAAACCACUAUUAACUGAUACUCACCUAAUAGUAUCUUACUUCUUGUGGCCUUACAACUUGUUGACAGUACUUUCUUUAGACUAUAUCCCUGCUGUGGAGUGGAUAAUUGGUCGUUCUUUUACUGGCUUGGGGCUUGAAUUGUGUGGAAAAUGGCCCCCAAUUUUUCUACUUCAUUUAAUUAAUAAUCAGUUGACAUUUAUUAAGCACCUACUCACACUGUGCUAAAUAUUGGAGAUGCAAAAAAGGUGAACGUAAUAUUUAAAUGAACACAGUGCAUUUAAAUCACCCAGGUCACUAGGCCAGGGACACCACAGAUAAAGCAGAUUUAGAGUGUUCCUGUUUUAUACCAUUUCUUUACUUGGUAUGUUCUCAAACAAUCUGAUGCCAUUGAGUUCCUGGUUAGAUGCUGCUGAGGCAGAAUAAGCUGUUGUAAGGUAAAUAUUUGCCUAUUUCAUGUGCUGAGUUAAAAGCAUUUACACUUUUAUUUUCAUCACUUUAUGAAAAACAUGUAGUUUCAAUAACAACCCCCAUCUCUUGUGCCACAUUUGGAUUGAGCUUUGUAUUUUAAAUAAUCUGUCCCUUUUUGAAUUCAUGUUUCUAAAGAGGAUAUUGUCAGAUUGAUUAUAGGGUGUCUUGAGACCAAAUAGAUCAUGUCAUGCUAACAGCUGUGCAAGUAUCCAGACAAGAAAUUUAGGUCCUCAGAGCUGUGUUCUGACUAGGGUUUUUGUUUUGAGAAAAUUGUACGUAAACUAGCUUGUGCCACCUUGUGGUAAAACUUCAGAAAUGAACUUAUUAUAAACUUGGGAAAUGUAAACCUCAUACCAGUGAUUCUCAGACUUUUCAUUUCAUGGUCUUCCAGAUGGUUUUUAAAUUAAACUUGAUGCCCUUACCUUCUUAUGCUGUAUUUUUGACACACUUUUCAUAUCUCUUCCUUUACUUAUUUGGAAAUUCAUUUUCCUAAAACAACAAUAAAAACAAAAAAACUAUUAUUUUUUGCAAAAUUUCUUUUAAUAUUCAUGAUGUGUCAAGGUAAUUAUAUGGCAAGGUAACCUAAUACUUUGAUUGAGAAUCAGAUUUAGAUUUUUCACGUGCUUUUAUAAAAGUUGUAUUUGCUAAUAUAUGGAUGUGUAUAAUAGUCUCUAAUAUAUGACCACAACUUUUAAAUGUAUCUUCCCUUUGAUUUAUGAUAAAGUUGAUUCUGGAUGUAAA